AUGCUUAAUAUGGAUAAUGAUGAGCAACUUCUUCAAAAACUUCUUCGUGCUAGUUAUUUUAUAUCAAAUCAACAAUGCGAUAUGUAUGGAGCAAGUUUUUUUGGUUUAUUAGAUGCUGAAGCAGAAAGUGUUGAUCCAUGCCAUCAACUACUUUUGUUAAAAUUUGUUCAUUUACUUGAUGAUGCUGGAUAUGAUACUGAGCCUGAUGGAGAUCGUAUACAUUAUGUUAUUCGUGGUGUACUUAGUGGUCACGAUGGAAAUCAAGAUAAAAUAAAUUUUGUUGUAUCGUCAGCUUCUGGACAAGGACAAUUAUUAGCAAAUAUUUAUUCAAGAAAUAAUUUUGAUACUCGAACAAUCUUAUUUGUUGAAGCACAUGGUACAGGUACACCAGUUGGUGAUCCAAGUGAAGCUAAUUGUUUAGGUCGAUUUUUUAAUCGAUCAAAUCUUGAUCCACUAUUAUUAUUAGGUUCAAUUAAAAGUAAUUUAGGACAUACAGAAGGUGCAGUUGGUGUUGCAUCACUUAUUAAAGUUGCUAUGUGUAUGUAUCAUCGUGGUAUUACAGAAAAUAUGCAAUUUACUUCACUUAAUCCAAAAGUAGACGCACAAAAAUAUAGUUUACAUAUUCUUCAAAAUUUUGUAUCAUUUCCAUCUCUUCCAAAUAAUGAAAAAAUAGCUAUUGGUGUUAAUUCAUUUGGUAUGGGUGGUACAACAACAUAUGCUAUUAUUGAAGAAGAUUAA